UGUUUUUUUUUGUUUACUUCCGAAAAAAACAAUAAAAUACUGAUCCUGGCUGAAUACGGAAUACUUAAAUAAACCGUCAAAACUUGAACCGACUAACUAUGGACUCACACUCACAACUCUGUCGUUUAUGUCUGCAAAACAGUGAUGAAACAGUAAACAUUUGGAAAACCUAUCAAGAUUCAACAAUCGCUGUAAUCUUAGCCAAACAUUUCUGGUUCCUUCAGGUUCAUUCGAAUGAUGGAUUGACGGAGUGGCUGUGCCAAGUGUGUUGGGCACAGACCAAAAAUUUUCACGAGUUUUACCAAAAAGUGGAGGACUUUCAGAAGUCGUACUGGGAUUCGACUAAUAAUAAGAAUGAUAGUGCUGAUAUUGAUGAUAAUGUUGUUGCUGACGAUGCCGUAAAUGAUGUAGAUCCCGAAUUGACUACAGAGAAAACAGAGUUUAAUUUGGAAGCGAUGGAAUCGCAAGUAAGUCAAAAAGAUGACAGCAAUUACGAUUGUGAGCAAGGUUCAACCAUGUCAAAUAGUAAAUCAAAUGGUAAAUGCAAAUCUGUUGACCAAAUUCCUGAAAUUCCUAAUGAUGAAGGCAAACCUGUUAAACAAACUCCACAAGUUGAUGACAAUGGGCAAAUUGUCUUUAGAUUAAAAGGGGUCUCCUUGAGACAAACAGACGAAGUCAUCAACAAAACUAUCAGAGAGGAACAGAAUAGAGAACUGAAUGGUCAAAUACGUGAAUGGUUCACUUUGAAAUGCGAACUUUGCAGUGCUGGGAAUUUCGAUACUUUUCUGGCAGUCAAGCGACAUUAUCGCAAGGAACAUCAGGUCGUUGGCUACCUGAAAUGUUGCGAUAAAAAGUUGCAUAGUCGUUGUGAUUUGUUGGAUCACAUCCGUUAUCACAUCUUGCAUCCCGAAUCGCCUAAAGAGAACGCUGAAAUCUACGAAUGGUUUACCAUGAAAUGUGACAUUUGCAACGACGUUACUUUCAAAACAUUGAUGGACGUAAAGCGACACUAUCGCGGAGUCCACAAUGUGCGCGGUUACCUCACCUGUUGUAACAAAAAGUAUAAUACACGUCAGCAGAUGGUAGCUCAUAUGCGCAGUCACACCAAUCCGAAUGCGAACCAUUGUAAGCAGUGCAACAGGAGUUUCUCGACGAAACAAUCAUUGAAGAAUCACGUCGCCCAUCAUGCGCCGCUCGAUUCACGCGCCUUCAAAUGCAGCUUAUGUUCGAGUAGCUUUGCAAGAGAAGCGAUUUUGAAGGCUCAUGUUUGGAACAAACACACUUCGAAAAACGGUCAGAAGUUUCCAUGCGAAAAAUGCAACCGAAGUUAUCAAUCGUCAUUUUCGCUGAAAUGUCAUGUGCGACAGUGUCAUGAAACUUUACAUGAUUACGUCUGUGAGGUAUGUGCCCGUCAAUUCAAAUCGAAGCAUACUCUCCGAAAUCACUUUAUCAGCGAACAUUCGACGAAACCUCAACCGAGAGUUCAGUGCGAUAUUUGUGGUAAUUGGUUGAAAAACGAAUAUAAUCUUAAUAGACAUGUGAAGGAAAAGCACACCGAUAACGAACCGGCCAAAUGCGACAUUUGCAACAAAGUUUACUCGGGAAAAGUCAGAUUGCGCAAACAUAUCAGAUAUGUUCACGGCGAAAAAAAUCAUCGGUGCACAUUGUGCGAAAAACCGUUCAACAGCCCUUUCGCUUUGAAGGAACACGUCGCAACUCACACCGGCGAAGAUUUGUACAAAUGCCAACACUGCGAAAAAAAGUGGAAAUCGAGCGGCAACCUGUCGUCACAUAUGAAAAAGGCACAUUACGCAGAAUGGUCUCGAAAUUUAAGGGAGAGAAAUAAUUGCUGAGAAGGAAAAUGUCAACACAAGAUGAAAAAUAGCCAGUGAAAGAUGCAAUAAAGGUGAAAUAAGUCAAUGA